AUGUCAAAGACGAAGUUAACUUCAAGUUAUUUUCAUCAUGCAUCUUCAUUUCAAUUGACCUACCAAACACUGAGUCAAAGCUUUGACGAAAUGGCUCGGAAAUAUGCCGAUCACGAAUGUUUCAUUUUUAAAGGUGAACAAAAGCGUUACACAUACAAAACAUUCAAAGCUGAAGUUGAUAAUAUAGCAGUAGCUCUUCUCGAACUGGGCUACGAAAAACACGAUCGUUUUGCCGUUUGGCUUCCUAACACAUCGGAAAACGUAACGAUAUCCUAUGCAGCAUCAAAAUUAGGUUUAAUCAAAGUGAAUAUCAAUCCAGCUUAUCUCGAACGUGAAUUAGAAUAUUGUAUUAAUAAAGUGGGUUGUAAAGGUAUUCUUCUUUCGCCAUUAGUGAAGUCAAUCGACUCACUUUCCAUCUUUCGUCGACUCGUGCCUGAACUUGGUCAACAAUUAUCGGGUCUGAAUGAGCUCUCCGCUAAAGCAGUUCCUACACUGAAACACGUCAUUUUGACCGGCGAACAGACGACUUCAGUACCGGGCACAUAUUCGUACGUCGAUCUACUUAAGCUGGGAGCUCAACUGUCACAUGAUAAAUUACGCGAACGACAAGCAUCAGUUGAUCCCGACUCCGCGAUUGCAAUCUUCUAUACAUCAGGCACAACAGGUCGUCCUAAGGCAGCGACAUUGACUAAUUUUGGUGUAUUAAAUUUGGUUCGUGCUCAAUGGGACCUAUUAAGUCCAUAUUAUCAGCGCGUUUGUGUUCCCAUUCCAAUGUUUCAUAUUUUCGCAGAGAUUUCAGGUGUUCUCAACGUUGCUGUUGGCAAGUGUCAAGUGAUUUUUCCGGCUGUUCUGCCCGAUACUGUGGCAACGAUGCGCGCAAUUCAUGAAGAAAAAUGUACAGCAUUAAUUGGAGCACCGAUUAUUUUUCGUGAUAUACUAAUGCAUCCAGAUCGACAAAAAUACGAUCUUAGCUCAUUAGCGUACGGAGGUACAGGAGCAACGACGUUAGAGUUUGAUUUCUUACGUCAAAUCGAAAGAGAAUUUCCCAUUACACGUAUGGUGCAAGGCUAUGGACUUACCGAGAAUGCCUCUCUACUUACCAGUGGCAUGUGGGCUGGAGAUGAUGAUCCGCAACGACGAUUAGGAUCAUUAGGCCGGUGUAUGCAAGGAAUGGAGAUUAAAAUCGUAGAUCGACAAGGCCAAAUCGUGCCCAUUGGUCAACAAGGCGAAGUUUGGGCGAGAGGUUAUUCAAUCAUGCGUGGUUACUACGGCGAUUCCGAGAAGACGGCAGAAACAUUGACACCUUCAGGAUGGCUUAGAACAGGCGAUGUAGCUAACAUGGACGAAGAUGGUUAUCUUUAUUUUAUCGGACGUCAAAAGGAGAUCAUCAUUCGUGGUGGUGUAAAUAUUUAUCCGGUUGAAAUUGAAAAUACGAUCAUCGAACAUCCGAGUGUCAUGCAAGCACAAGUUUUCUCUAUUCCCGAUCGACGAUAUGGUGAAGAGGUGUGUGCUUGGAUCAUAUUGAAAACGAAUGUGUUACAAUGUCGGGCAGAAGAUAUACAAGAUUUUCUCAAAAACAAGCUAGCUUUCUUCAAGAUACCCAAACAUAUACGAAUCGUCGAUAGAUUCAUUACGACACCGACGGGUAAAGUACAAAAAUUCAAAAUGUCUGAAAUCAUGACCAAUGAAUUGAAACAAACAACUAGCAAAUUAUAA